AUGUCUCCGGCGGCUGCAGCGGCUGGAGGAGGCGAGCGGCGGCGGCCCCCCAUAGCGAGCGCCCGGGACAGCCGGGGCCGGGCCCGCGGCGGGCCGGCGGGCGCAGCGCUGCUCGGCCUCGUGCUACUCGGCCUCGUGCUGUACCUGGUGCCCGCGGCGGCGGCGCUGGCCUGGCUGGCCGUGGGGGCUACCGCGGCCUGGUGGGGACUGAGCCGCGAGCCCCGAGGCCCGCGCGCCUUGCCGUCGUUCCCUCGCAGCGCGCGGAGGCAGCGAGCGCUGCUCGCCUCGCCCCCGGCCAAGUCGGCAGUAAACGGAAGCCUCCUAGAGCCUCGGACCCUGCUCGAAGGACCCGACCCCGCCGAACUGCUGCUCAUGGGCAGCUACCUGGGCAAACCCGGCCCGCCGCAGCCUGCCGCCGCGCAGGAGGGCGGGGACCCGCGGGCGCGGCCCGGCCGCCGCCUGCCCGCCCGCUCCUCGCCGCCCGCGGCCCAGCGCGCCCCGUAUGCUCACCCGUCUCCCCCCACCCCUCUCCUGCGGCCCUCCGGGAGGCCGGCAUACAGGGAUUGUGGGACUUUACCCGGUCGGUUUGUGAUAACCCCUCGAAGACGCUAUCCGAUCCAGCAGGCCCAAUAUUCCUUGCUGGGGGUACUGCCCACAGUGUGCUGGAAUGGUUGUCACAAGAAGGCUGUGCUCUCUUCUCGGAACUCAAAGAUGGUGUGUAGCCCAGUAACUGUGAGGAUUGCCCCUCCAGAUAGCAAGCUAACUCGUUCUCCAGCACCAGAACGGUUAAUCAACUCAGCACUGCCCUCACCAUCGAGUAGUGUCCCAGACCCAUGUGCAAAGGAGACCGUGCUGAACGCCCUCAAAGAGAGGAAGAAAAGGAUUGUGGAGGAAGAAGACCAAGUGUUUGUUGAUGGCCAAGAGAAUAAAAGAAGGCGCCAUGAUAGCAGUGGGAGUGGACAUUCAGCAUUUGAGCCCCUGGUGGCCAAUGGAGUCCCUGCUUCUUUUGUACCGAAACCUGGGUCUCUGAAGAGAGGUCUCACUUCCCAAAGCUCAGAUGACCACUUGAACAAGCGAUCACGCACCUCUUCUGUGAGCUCCCUGACAAGCACGUGCACAGGUGGCAUUCUUAGCUCCAGCCGCAAUGCAAUCACCAGUUCCUAUAGUUCCACCCGUGGCAUCUCACAGCUGUGGAAGAGGAGUGGUCCCCCUGCGUCCCCCUUCUCUAGCCCAGCUUCCUCCCGCUCUCAGACUCCGGAGAGGCCAGCCAAGAAAACCAGAGAAGACGAGCCAUGUCAGCAUUCCAGUUCCUCGACUCCACUGGUGGCCGACAAGGAGUCCCAGGGAGAAAAGGUUGCAGACACAACCUCUCGGAAUCAGCCGAACUCGUGGGCUUCCCCAUCUACACCUGGCAGCUCUGGACAGCGGAAACGGAAGAUCCCGCUGCUGCCCUCCAGGCGAGGGGACCAACUGACCUUGCCUCCACCGCCUCAGCUUGGUUAUUCCGUCACUGCUGAGGACCUUGACCUGGAGAAGAAAGCUUCACUCCAGUGGUUCAACAAGGUCUUGGAGGACAAGACUGAUGUUCCUCCAAACUCCAUCAGUGAGAACCCACCCGCCACUCAGCCUUCUUUCACUUUCACCCCGCCUGCUGUGGGGACCCCUUCUGCAGCAGCCUCCCCGCCAGCCACGGGCACCAACCCAUUGUUAGAAAGCCUGAAGAAGAUGCAGAGUCCCCCAGACCCAUCCCUCCCAGAAUCUGCUGAAGUGGCCACCACCACAGGCCCGUCACCUCUGAAGACACCCAGCCUGCUGACCUCCMUUGGCUCUCCACCACCAGGGCCCCUGCCAGGCACCUCUUCAGACUCAAAAUCCACAGCCACUUUCUUGGGGCUGGUCCCUGCCUCCUCCACAGCACCUGUCRUGGACACCAAGUCACCUCCAGCCCUCCAGACCGACACAUCUGCCAAAGCCCCAGGCCCGCCUACCCCCUCCCCCACCUCCAAGCAGAGUGGGCUGUUCGGCAUGUUGAGCAGCAUGCCCUCUGCCCCUUCCCCAGCUGCUCCGGCCGCUCCGACUGCCCCGGCCACACCUGCCGCCCCGGCCGCACCUGCCGCCCCAGCUUCUCCGGCCACCCCAGCUGCCCUAGCCACCCUAGCCACGUCUUCUGCUUCUCCCAUGUUCAAGCCCAUUUUCAUGACACCACCUAAAAGCGAGAGCGAAGGCCCCUCUGUCACAUCCGUCACAGCUGCAGCUGUUUCUAGUUCCACCCAGCCCAUGACCACCAGUACUGCCACCCCAACUUUUAAGCCCAUCUUUGGUGACCUGGGGCCACCUGCAUCUGUGCCCUUGCCUGCUCCCUUUUCCUUCAAGCCAACAACAGCUGCUGCAGCCCCAGCUGCCCCUCUCUUUGCUGGCCUGGCCACUGCCACCUCAGCCGUGGCUCCAGCCACCACUGCCAGCACAUCCACAGACUCUGCUUCCAAACCUGCUUUUUGCUUUGGGGUCAGCAGCGUGGCCAGCGCUGGUGGCAGCACGACUGGCAGCGCGACCCCCGCCUCUCAGCCCUUCCCCUUUGGAGCACCCCCUGCCUCUGCCGCCGGCUUCACCCCCGCCGUGGGCUCUGUAUUCCAGUUUGGCAAAUCCACUGCCACACCAACAUCCACAGCAGCCACCACCUUUGGCCAGUCCUUGCCCGGUGCUGUUGAGGCGGCCACCACCAGUAGCAGCAGCAGCAACAGCACUGCUGGCUUCAGUGGCUUUGGCAGUUCCCUUGCCACUUCAGCCUGCACCACCAGCAGCCAGCCCACCCUGACUUUCAGCAACACCACCACCCCCGCGUUCAGCAUUCCCUUUGGCUCUGGUGCCAAGCCCUCCCUCCCAGCAUAUCCAGUGGCCACCCCCCAGCCCACAUUUGGGGCUGCUGAUGGGCAGCAGCAGGGGUCCUCCAAGCCAGCCCUUGCUCCAAGCUUUGGCAGCUCGUUCACUUUUGGGAACUCUGCAGCCCCUGCCCCGUCUGCAGCACCAGCGACGGCYCAGCCUGCCUUUGGCAGCUCAACACAGUCAGCUUUUGGCUUGAAGACCACYGCCUCGGCCUUCGGCGCCCCUACCAGCACACAGCCAGCCUUUGGAGGCACGACGCCUGUUUUCUCCUUCGGUGCAGCCACCACCUCUGGCUUUGGAGCUACCACCCAGACCACCCCCAGUGGGACCAGUGGCUCAGUGUUUGGCAGCUCAACUCCGUCCCCUUUCACGUUCGGGGGAUCUGCAGCCCCAGCUGCCAGUGGGGGCUUCGGGCUCAGUGUGGCUGCCCCAGGCCCCAGCUCCACCUCUGGGGCCUUCAGUUUUGGAGCUGGACAGAGUGGGACCACAGGAACCGCCACCCCCUUUGGUGGGGGCUUGAGUCAGAAUGCCCUGGGUACACCCAGCCAGAGCACACCCUUUGCCUUCAAUGUGGCUGGCACACCUGAGAGCAAACCUGUGUUUGGAGGCACCUCCACACCCACCUUUGGGCAGAGCACCCCGACUGCUGGAGUGGGCACAGUGGGCAGCAGCCUCUCCUUUGGGGCUUCCUCAACACCCACCCAGGGCUUUGUUGGAGUUGGGCCUUUCGGAUCAGCAGCCCCUUCGUUUUCCAUUGGUGCGGGAUCCAAGACCCCAGGGGCUCGACAGCGACUGCAGGCCCGAAGGCAGCACAACCGCAAGAAGUAGCCUCUGUCCUGUCCCCAUUCCCAGCCCUUGCCCAAAUCUGGACCUCAGCACCUGCUAGAAAGAGCCUCUGACCCUUCAAGUUCCGUAAAACAGAACUAUCCUAGAUCUCUGGCUUCAGCCACCAAGGGAGGUGGUGGCAGCCCUGGGGCCCUUUCCCUUUUGGAGGGAGUGGGCACCUCAGGGAGGGGGCAGGCGAGGGCAGGGCUAAAGCCUGAAACCUGUACUUGAACAGUUGCACUGGUGAGGCUGGAGAACUAAAGAAACAUCUGUACAUACUGUCCGCUCUCUUCCCUGGCUCGUCUAUUGUGUCACUUAAGUCAGGUGGCCUCCCUUCCCACCUCCCCCGCCCCCAGGACCAUCCUUGCCAGAGGGUGUGCGAUGCAUCCACUUGAAUCUCUGUUGCAUUUCAUGGGAUUGGGGAAAAUGGAUUAUCCCUAAGCUUUACCUGCUUGGCUAGGCUAUAAGAAGUGGUCCUCUUCCUCUGGUCCCUUUCGGGGACUCUUUAUUUCCCCAUUACUUGCUGCUUUGUCCCUCACUGGUUCCCUGCAGGAUUCCUUUUUAAAUGACCUUGAAUCUAGCUUUGCCUUGGAGACCCCAGUGGGUGUUGCUCCCACUGCCCCCUUUCUCCCUGCCAGGUCUGAAUCCAGUCUCCUGCCCUCUGCCAGUUUGGCCCCUAAAAGCUUGGUGGCUCAAGACUGUUAAGUCUGGCAGAGCCAGCGUAAGACCCUUGCUGCAGGAGAAGCUCUCGGAGCAGGCAGGAUGCCCACAGCUGCUUUCUGCUGCCUCCUCCCCCUGCUGGCCUCACUGGCCACCCUCUGCCUCCGGGAUUGUCCACCCCACGCCUUGUCCUGUGUCACUGUCUGAAGCCCAUGUCUGUSGCUCUUUGAAUCGAGUUUGGAGGAAGAAUUGAAUUGUAUGUGUGGCGGCAUGUUGGUAGUGCCGGACCUAACUGUCUCAAGCCUCCUGGCCUGGCCAAUCAAAGUGGCACCACUUGAGAGCCACAGUGCUGGCUCCUGAGUUUUCCAGUGGUGGUUAGACUUUUAAGGGCUGGCAGCCCAGGGGAUGGGGCCUUAGGGAAACAAAGACCCUCUCCUUCCAACAUUCCUCUCCCACCUCCUGACCUCACUAGGCAAGGCCACUCCCAGUAUGUCCAGUGUACACCAAUGAACCUUCCUUGAAGUCAGACCCUAGUUCUUUCCUAAACAGGACCCCUGCCAACCCUUCCCUCCCCUUCUCCCCUGGCUCCCAAACCACACUCCCCAGGCCCUAGAGCCUUGCUGCCACGCCCAUCCUCUUUGGAAGAAGUAUGAAUGCGUGUGUCUAAAUUAAAAGAAAAUAUUUAAACAUUUUUUAACAAAAUAAAAAUUUAUUUUUGUAUUUAAGCUAAAUUGCCUUUUAAAUUCCUUCAAGCUUGGUUCAUUGAGGUGGUUAAGUAUAAAUGCUGUUGAUUAGAAUUAGCUGCAUAGUUAGGUUAUGCCUGUGUGAAGGAGGGGCUCAAAUGCUGUCCCAGGCAGCUUUCCUGAGGGACUGGAGCGCCUCCUAGACAUGUUAUAAGUGUAAUUCUUAUUUUAUAAAUAAUGUGAUGUAGCUGUAGUUAGUCCCCUCCCCCUUUGUGACUGAGGCUGAAUGUCUUGUGGCAGGGGACUGCCUCCACCUCAAGGGGAGCUGGGCACUUGCUGGCCUAGCUGUGUGGGGGGCUGAGGAAGGAGCCAGGACCUCAAGUCCCAAAUACCUGUUAGGACUGGAGGGGUGGGGGUGGGGCACAGGUCUAGGGAUGGAGCCUCUGCCUGCACCUGGUGUGGGGCGGAGCCUCUUAGUUUUAGUCUGAGCUAGUUCACCUCUGCUCCAUAGCAGGCCAGGAACCCAGAGGGGGGGCCUGCUCUAGCCUGGGUGUGAGUGCGUACAUGUUCUGCACUGGACAGAACAGGAGGCUGGACUUUCCAUUACAAAUAAAGGUGUAAUUCCUGUUGUCUAGUUGGACUUUUUAGUAUGAAUGUGAGACUUUUCUCCUUGCUUAUGUCAUUACGAAUAAAAAACUGUGACCUAUCA